AUGAAGCUGACGACAAACAUACGCGAGGGGAAUCAAACAACCACCACAGAAUUCAUCCUCCUAGGGUUUGGGGAUCUCCCUCAACUUCAUAUUCUUCUCUUCCUGCUGUUCCUAGUGAUUUAUAUUGUGACCAUGGCCGGGAACAUCCUCAUCAUUGUACUAGUUGUGACUGAUCAGCACCUGCACACCCCCAUGUACUUCUUCCUGGGGAACUUGUCCUGCUUGGAGAUCUGCUGCACCUCCACCAUACUUCCCAGGGUGCUGGCCAGUCUCCUGACUCAGGACAGGUCUAUUUCUGUUAUGGGCUGCAUCACUCAAUUUUAUUUCUUUGGUUCUCUGGCAGGGACAGAGUGUUUGCUUUUAUCUGUGAUGUCUUAUGAUCGAUAUUUAGCAAUAUGCAAACCUCUGCAUUAUGCAACACGUAUGAAUGGCAGGUUGUGCCUCCAGCUAGUGGUUGGGUUGUGGAUAGGUGGAUUUAUGUCUGUUUCCAUCUUUAUAUUUAUGUUGUCACAAUUAACGUUCUGUGGCUCCAAUAAAAUUGACCAUUUCUUUUGUGAUUUUCAUCCAAUAACAAAACUCUCCUGCACUGACACCCACAUGGUAGAAGUUGCUGGUUUAAUAUCUUGUGCUAUGUUCACAUUGCCUCCAUUUGUAUUGACAGUGGCAUCCUAUGUUUGUAUCAUCUCCAACAUCAUGAGAAUCGCUUCCACCGCUGGGAGGCAAAAGGCUUUUUCCACCUGCUCCUCUCACCUCAUCGUGGUGACAAUUUACUAUGGGACAUUGAUCCUAGUGUAUCUGCUAUCGGACUCUGAUGCACUGAGGGACCUGAACAAAGUGUUCUCUGUCUUCUACGGAGUCCUGACCCCUUUGGUCAACCCCCUCAUAUACAGCCUGAGAAACAAGGAGGUAAAGAAAGCCUUGAGAAAAGCUCUUCUUAGGUCUUUUGUCUUUCUCAGGAAUUCAAAUUUUUAA